AUGGAUAUCCUCUCAUUAUCAGGUGAGAUGUGGAGCAGCGUGGAGAGCGGGUGCGGGUUGACGCGUGCUGUGCCGUGUGCUCGCGGCAAGCACUCAGCCACAUUGCUGGCGGGGCAUGUUUAUGUGCUUGGCGGCCGCGGAGCUGGAGGGUCUGUGCCUCUCAGAGACUUCUGGAGAUAUAGUCUUGCAACUGGUAGAUGGGAGAAGUUGGAAUGCCGAGGCGACCCGCCCCCCUCGCUGCAGGAGCACACCGCGACGGCACAUGAGAACAAACUGUAUGUGUUCGGUGGAGAAGCUGGGGCACUGUCCAACGAGACUCCUCUCUGGAUAUACGAUACUCAGAGUCAAACCUGGCGUAAGCUCCCUGGCCAAUCAAAUUACACUUCGACCGUGCGACGGCGAAGUUCUCGGGAGUCUCGCAGUGUUGGGCUAGGGCCUCGAGGCAGGAGGGGGCACUCCGCCCACGCACUCAAAGACUGCCUGCUGAUCUAUGGAGGAUAUAGAGACCUGCGUGGUUCCACACAAGAACUCUGGGCGUUUCACUACGAGUCAGAGAGCUGGCAGCAGGUGCGCACGGCGAGCGCGGGCCCGGCGCGCCACCGCCACGCCGCGGCGCUGCACGACAACCGCCUCUACGUGCACGGCGGACAGUGCGACCUGCGCGACUGCGCCGACCUCUGGCACUACGACACCAUAUCUCGCAUCUGGACUCAAGUCCGAACCCCAGCCAAGCUCUCCCCGAGCGCCCGCAGCGGCCAUGCAGGAUUAAGGGCAGGAGCUCACCUCUACAUCUUUGGCGGAGAAACUCACGGGCACUCCACAAAUGAGCUCUGGAGGUUUCAUUUCGCAACAGAAACUUGGGAACGAAUAAUCCAGUCCCUCAAGUGGCCAUCGCCUCGAGUAGACUGCUGUGCUCUCCUCAUCCCGGCUGCACCGCCGCGCAUCCGGUCAGCUCCCAUUAACAGAAUGAACACAAAUAGGCAUUCCUUCAACACCCGACCAGACCCACCAGCCAGCUUACUUAAAGAAAUAUCAAAACUAUCAUCGUUCCAUAUUCGUAGAGGCGCACGGUGUUCUUACAGCGUUUUAGCUGGAGACAGAGACUCAACUGAAAGCUUAGUAAGACAAGAAGCUGCCGCGUUAUCUAAAUCACAUUCAGCGUAUGUUAUCGAUAAACGACAACCUGCAGAUGGUGACGAGAGUCCAAAAGAAGGAGAUGUCCCAGAAUUUCGAUCAGAAAUAUCUAGAGAACCCAUUUCAGUUCCUGAUUUUGCAGAUAUGAUUCUUCCUACACCGAUAUUAUCUCCUGUGGAAGCGACAAAGCUCGUCUAUUUCGAUUCAGAAGAAGAAGAAGAUAUGCGACGUGAAAUGGAUAGCAAGAAAAAAAAAGAUGGUAUGUCGUCGAUAAAAGUGGAUGGGAGAGUCACCAUGGUAACCAUGCCUAAGUCUGCGUCGGUAAGGUUCACAAAAGACACUAUUAUAACUGAUGAAGAAGACGCGGAAUUAUCCACAUCCGACUAUGCAAGUGCGGAGCGCGUUAACAGGCUUUCGGGGAAUUCCUUAGGGUUUAGCAAUCCACAUUACUUAGGUCCAGACGUGAGGAACUUGGGGAUAGCUUUGACGCCUGAUUCAGGUGUCGGGCCAGGAGAUAUAGAACUUCAAGAUUUGAGUGAAAGACGGGCAAGAAGCGUUCCCAGGAAUGGUGAGACUCAGCUACAUGUGCUGCUAGUAGGCGGCAAGGAGCCCCCUCACCUAGCCUUGCUGCAGAACCCGCUGUCAAUGUGGACUUACAGGUUGUUGUAA